GAACCCUAACCCACAGACACACACACGCUCUCUCUCUCUCUCUCUCUCUCUAGCGCUACCUGUUCUCUCGCUCGCCGAUCGCCUCGCCGGCGACGUAGGCCGCGAAUCGCCGGCGGCCGCGGCCCCGACUUGCUUCGGCUCACCGCAGUCCGAGACGUUCCAGGACGCUGUCCCCGCCGCCGUGCUCUUGCCGCCGUCUCUCUAAAAUGCGCAGUAUGUGUUAAUAGGUGAAGACUUAAUCGAGUGAAGGAAUCAUACAAGAAAAGCAGUGAUGGUGGAAGUGUGGUGGCCUUUGCUUGGAGCAGUGAUACCUGCCAUUGUUGGAGGGCAAGCUUGGAGGAUAAGGAAAAGGCGAGCUGAGGAACAGAGGUUGAAGAGCGUGAGAGGGCGAGAAAAGAGCUCCGAAGAGAUAUUUGUCUGCGAGAGGGUCUGCACUUCAAAGAGAAUGCUGAAGAAGGUCGGCUCAUUUUCCAAAGACCCAACUCCUGAUACAUGUGUCACUGUUUGUGGUGUAUCCCAGCUUGAUGCUUGUGCUGAUGCAUGUGCAAGAACCGUCUGUGUUAAUCAACACCAAGUGCCCAAUUGGAAUGAUAUUUGUCUUAGGAGGUGCCAGAGCGAGUGCCUGAGGCUCUCUAAUUCCUCUGAUGCAUCUUAGUAGUCAUAUACUGUACCCUCUUUAUUACUUGUGCAAAUGUUUUUUUCGAUCCUUUUCUUAAAUAGAUCAGUUGUCAUAAAACAUGUUUUGUUCCAUGACAGCUGAGUUGUCUACAAGUAUCCACCACUAUUCUCGUAGUGUUGGCAUUUUCUCGUGUGGAUUCUGCUAGAUGACCAAUUUGUUUCAUCUUGGAUUUACUGGAGUACAAUUUGGUUUUAGCUCCUUAUCAUUC